AUCUUGUACUCUUUUUCUUAUCCACAUCAUCAAUACCAUUACAGUCAUGACUGAAACGAUCGCCCCCACUCAAAUCAAGCACUUUAAGAAGCCUGAUGAUGCUGCAUUCAAAAAGGAAUUGGAAGCCAUCAAUGAACGUAUUGACAAGCUCAAAAAACAAAGUGAUGCUGUCAAGGAUAAGAUCAGCAAGUUGCCUGCCAAACAAGACAAUACUCGACGUGAAGAAAUCAAGGCUGAAUUGAUGGAAUUACGUGAAAAACAAGCCAGUUUGAAACAAGGAAGACAAACUGUAUAUCAACAAUUGGAUGCUAUCAAUGAUUCUAUCAAAAAGAAGGUUGGUCAAGUCAAAGCCUUCCAACAAAAGGUACCUUAUAAGUCAGUUGCAGAAGUGGAUGAUCGUAUCAGAGAAUUAGAACAAAAGAUUGAAUCUGGUGUUCGAUUGGUGGAAGAAAAGAAGAUGCUCAAUGAAAUCUCUUUAUUGAAACGCAGUCGACAACAAGUGGAAGGAUUGGAUGAACAACAAGCAGCCAUUGAUAAUGAACGCAACAUUCACAACGAAAUUAAGAAGAACAUUGAUGAUUCCGAAGCCAAAAAGUUGAGUGAACGUUAUGAAGAAUUGGAUGCUGAAUUCAAAAAGUUGUUUGGUUCAGCUGCUCAAGAACGUGAAGCUCGCAACAAAUUGUAUGAAGAACGCAAUCGUCUCAAAGGUCUCUUGGAUACCGAAUAUGAUCAACUGCGUACUUUGCGCGAUCAACACCGCAAGGCCAAUGACGAAUAUUAUACCUUCCUUCGACAAUACAAAGAAGCCAAACGAGAACAAGAACGCCAACGUAAGAUCCAAUUGGAACAAGAAAAACGUCAAGAACAACUCAAGGAAGAAUUGGAAUUGGCUGCCUUACCUGCUUUUGAACACGAAAUCAAUCUCUGUGAUAACCUCUCUCACUUUUUACAAGGGUUUGUCAAUCAAGAUGACAACAAAUCUUCUGGUGCUAGUACCCCUGCUGUCCCUGCUAAUGGUAGCCCUCGUCAAGUCGAUGCUCUUCCUGAAGGAAUGGUCCUUGCCAAAAAGUCGGAUGAAGAUUAUUUUGUUGGUGGAAAGAAACAACGCAAAGGUGGCAAGAAACAAGCUGCUAAGAAGGAAAAUACUACUGAUACAUUGAAAUUGCCCAUUGCUACUGUCGAAGGCUUCUUUGAAAUCAAGGUUACAGUGCCAACCAAGGUGUCUGAAAUCCCAUCCACUCUGGAGAAACUCAAAGAACGCAAGCAAUACUAUGUGGAUGAACAACCCAAACAAACUGAAGCCAACAAGAAGAAGGCUGAAGCCAAGAUUGCUGCCAUGUUAGAAAAGGAAAAGGAACAACAACAACAAGAAAAGGCUGAACAAAUCAAUGGUGAUGAUGAUGAUGAAGAAAAGAGAUCGGAAAAGGUAGUUGAAGAACAACAAGAACAAGAACAAACCAAGGAUGAAUAAUCUGGACAACAAAACUGAUAAUUGGGAUCAACUUUUUAUUUAUUUUAUUUGGAAUAACCUCUCUCAUCAAAAAAAAAAAAAAAAAACUUCCACUGG